AUGAAAGCCUCCGUUGACCAAUUGGGUAAGGGUCGGAGGGACGGAUGGAUCGAUGACGAGGGAGACAAUUGUCUCCAAGGCAAAAAAGCAAACAUUAAGUUUAAGGAUAAACUAAUUUCAAACAGCAGCCCAUGGGAUGAGAAAUGCCCUCUAAGGGAGCCCAGCGGGAAGGAGGCUAACGCUCGUCAUGGAGAAGUAAGAAUGAGACCUAUAUCAUCUAAGAGUAAAGCUAUGGUGGUUUCACUGCCGAGGAAGAAGGAGAAGAUAGAAAAUGUAAAGGAUGACAAACAAGCCAGAGUGAAGAGCAGACUACAUAGCUCAUCCGUAGGAUAUGAGAUACAUAGGCUGAAUAGCAAAUUGGUGAAGUACGAAGGAAUUGCUGACCUGAUUGAUCCCGAUGACCUGAUGAAAGAUGUGGAGGCUAUUAUGUCCAAGAGGAAAAGUAGUGUUUAUAGCACUGUCAAGGGUGACGAUGUCGAUUGCUUCAAUUAUGACGAUGUGUACAAUAUUGGUAAGGAAACCUUUCAUAUUGCGGAGGAUGUAGCGCAAUCAGAGCAUGAGGUAGAUAAAGUUGACCAAGAUGAAGAUGAAGAGAAGGGAGGGGAAGAUAAACAGGAAGAGAUGGAAGAGAGAGAGCAGGAGCAGAAAGAGGAAGAUAAAGAGGAGGACAAGAAGAAGAUAGAGAGGAGGAACUAUUUGAGGAAGAUAAAGAGCAGGAGAAGAAAGAGGAAGAUACAGAUAUAG